AGAAGAAGAAGAAGACGAGCUGUCAGCCGCAACCACCGAGCAGUCCAUCCUAAACAGCACAGAGGAAACCAGGAAGGAAACCAAGGAGGAGAGCGACAUCUCCACGUAAAACAAGGUUCUGGUUGAUUUUAAGGGUGCUGAGCACUCCCAUCCUUCAGCAACAUGGGAGAACUCUUCAGAAGUGAAGAGAUGACGCUGGCUCAGCUCUUCCUCCAGUCAGAAGCCGCCUACUGUUGUGUCAGUGAACUGGGAGAGAUCGGGAUGGUGCAGUUUCGGGAUCUAAAUCCUGAUGUGAAUGUGUUCCAACGAAAGUUUGUCAAUGAAGUACGACGAUGUGAGGAAAUGGAUCGCAAACUGAGAUUUGUGGAGAAGGAAAUAAAGAAGGCCAACAUCCCAAUAGUUGACACAGGAGAAAACCCUGAAGUCCCCUUCCCAAGGGACAUGAUCGACCUGGAGGCCACAUUUGAGAAGCUUGAGAAUGAGCUGAAGGAAAUAAACACCAACCAAGAAGCCCUUAAGAAGAACUUCCUGGAACUGACUGAGCUCAAGCACAUCCUGCGUCGCACGCAACAGUUUUUUGACGAGAUGGAGGAUCCCAGCUUACUGGAGGAGUCAUCCACCCUUCUCGACCCCAAUGAGCCUGUGCGAGUGGCUCCUCUCAGACUGGGAUUUGUGGCUGGAGUCAUUGGCAGGGAACGUAUUCCCACUUUCGAGAGGAUGCUGUGGAGAGUUUGCAGAGGAAAUGUGUUCCUGAGGCAGGCAGACAUUGAAGAUCCUCUGGAGGACCCGACUACGGGUGACCACGUCCACAAGUCUGUCUUCAUCAUCUUCUUCCAGGGAGACCAACUGAAGAAUAGAGUCAAGAAGAUCUGUGAGGGGUUCAGAGCAACCUUGUACCCAUGUCCAGAAACACCCCAGGAGAGGAAAGAGAUGUUGGCAGGGGUGAAUGCACGCAUUGAUGACCUACAAAUGGUGCUGAACCAGACCGAGGAUCACAGGCAGAGGGUCCUGCAGGCUGCAGCCAAGACCAUCAGAGUGUGGUUCAUCAAGGUGAGGAAGAUGAAGGCCAUCUACCACACCCUCAACCUCUGCAACAUCGACGUCACUCAGAAGUGUCUGAUCGCCGAGGUCUGGUGUCCUGUCUCGGACAUGGACUCUAUCCAGUUUGCCCUGCGCAGGGGAACGGAGAAGAGUGGCUCCACUGUGCCUUCCAUCCUCAAUAGGAUGCAGACCAAGCAGACCCCACCCACCUAUAACAAGACAAAUAAAUUCACCUCAGGCUUCCAAAACAUUGUGGAUGCUUAUGGAAUUGGCAGCUACCGUGAGAUUAACCCAGCGCCAUACACCAUCAUCACCUUCCCCUUCCUAUUUGCUGUUAUGUUUGGUGACCUGGGCCACGGGGUGCUCAUGACCUGUGCUGCCCUAUACCUGGUGUUGAGAGAGAGCAGACUGAUGGCCCAGAAGAACGAUAAUGAGAUGUUCAGCAUGGUGUUCGCAGGGCGCUACAUCAUCCUGCUGAUGGGAAUCUUCUCAGUCUACACUGGGAUCAUUUACAAUGACUGCUUCUCCAAGUCCCUCAACGCUUUUGGCUCUGGCUGGAGCGUCAGGCCAAUGUUCGACCGUCGGGUAGGAGGCAACUGGACGAUUGAAACACUGGAAACCAAUAAAGUUUGGCAGUUGGAUCCAGCAAUAGAUGGGGUGUUCAAAGGGCCGUAUCCCAUUGGCAUCGAUCCGAUUUGGAACAUUGCCAUCAACAAGCUGACGUUCCUGAACUCAUUCAAGAUGAAGAUGUCUGUAAUCCUGGGAGUAAUCCACAUGCUGUUUGGAGUCACACUGAGUCUCUUCAACCACCUGUAUUUCAAGAAGCCGCUGAAUAUCUACUUGGGAUUCAUCCCAGAGAUUGUCUUCAUGUCCAGUCUCUUUGGCUACCUGGCCAUUCUGAUCUUCUACAAAUGGGUCGCAUAUGAUGCACACAUAUCCAAGGAUGCUCCCAGUAUCCUCAUCGCCUUUAUCAACAUGUUCCUCUUCAACUACAGCGACCCCAGUACCAAACCUCUCUACAGAGGACAGAUGGUCGUACAAUCACUGUUGGUGGUUAUCGCCUUGGCUUGUGUUCCCUGUAUGUUAAUAGUGAAAACUCUAAUUCUGCGGAGACAGUAUUUGUGGCGGAAACACCUGGGUACACAGAACUUUGGAGGGAUCAGGGUGGGCAACGGACCCACUGAGGACGAGGCUGAAAUCAUCCAGCAUGACCAGCUCUCACAGCACUCUGAGGAGGAGCCUGAGCGUUGCCUUUUGUCACCUGCUGUCAAGGCCCACGAGGAUGAAGAGUUUAACUUUGGUGAUGUGGCAGUGCAUCAAGCGAUCCACACCAUAGAGUACUGCCUGGGCUGUAUCUCCAACACCGCCUCUUAUCUGAGGCUUUGGGCCCUCAGUCUGGCUCAUGCACAGUUGUCAGAGGUGCUGUGGUCCAUGGUGAUGCACAUUGGCCUUUCUACCAGAAGCCUCGCGGGUUUCUUACUUGUGUCCAUAGUCUUUUUCUUCUUUGCUAUUCUCACAGUUGCCAUUCUUCUCAUUAUGGAGGGCUUGUCAGCCUUCUUGCAUGCACUGCGACUGCACUGGGUGGAGUUCCAAAACAAGUUUUACACAGGCCAGGGCUUCAAGUUUCUCCCCUUCACCUUCGAAAGCAUCCUGGAUGGACGGUUUGAGGACUAAGAUCCGACGACAACCCUAAUACUAUUGUCACUCAUCUCUUGAGAAUCUGUGUGCCGCUGAGUAGUGAUUGUUUUGUGUGUGUAAUGCAGUUUCCAUGAGUGACACUCCACAAGAUUUUCUCUCCCACUACUGUUUGUUUUAAACUUCUCAUCACUUUUUAGAAUCAAAUUGGGAACAUCUACUCAGAAAUCAGUAUUCAUUCAUUCAUUCCUCAGAAAAAAUAUCAUUAUAUAUAAUCUGUCUUGUCUUGUCUUUAGUGAAGUCAUUUUUGUUUUACUUGUAUGUAGUGUAAUAUUAUUUAUGCAAAUAUUUCCUUCAUAAAACCUGCAUUUUUCCUGUGGCAGUGUUGCACUAUCAAUCAUAAAUGUUCUGUUCUGUGCAAGUGACUGAUUAUGUUGACUGGUGCUUAUUCAGAGUGAAGUGACAGAAGUGUUUACAACUCUCCGGUCUGGUCCCUCUGGGUUCUCUCUGUGUUGUUCUCCAGCAACAGUCAACAUCUUGUGCACAGAGCAUCUCAUCUGUUUGAUUAAAAAAAAACAAAAAAAAAACCACGCACCCACUUUGCACACCUCUACGACACUGCAUACUGACCUCACACACACAGCUAUAAAGGUCCAAAGGGAAUACAGUUUAACUUACAUCAGGAUGUCAGUCAGAGCUUUGAAGGAGGAGAUGAACUGACUCUUAAAUCCUGCAUUGUGUGCUAACGUUGACAUAAAUUACCUUUUCUGCUUAGUGAUCUGUUCUUUAUUGAUCAACAUGGAGAAACUGAAGGGGAAUCUGUAGUAGGUGGAUGUUCUGCAACAGCAUGGAAGUUUAAAAUGUCACUGUCACGUUUAGAAGGCAGUAAGAUUGAGAGAGAAGUCAUUCCUCAGAAAUCAUUUCCCACCCCCAUCAUUGUGCAUCUCUGUCAAUAAAGUAAAAAGAGCUGGAUUAA